AUGUACGCGUCUUCGUCUAUCUUCAAACUGUUCCUAGCCGCAGCUCUUGUAUCCGUUGUAUAUCGCUUUGUGUGUGAUAGAUUGUAUUCAAAUCACAAAUCGGAUGUUAGCGGCACCGUCGACGAAAGAUUCGAAAGAGUUCGGGAAGUUUUUAAAAAGAACUUCGAGAAUGGUUGGGAAAUCGAAGGUUCAGCGUUUGCAGUAUUUGUAGAUGGAAAGAAGGUUGUUGAUCUGUGGGGAGGAUAUGCAGACAAACAAGCAGCCAGAAAAUGGGCAGAAGACACAAUAACUGUGACGUUCUCGACGACAAAAGCAGCAGCAGCGUUGGCAGUAGCAUUACUUUAUGAACAAGGUAGACUGCGAUACGAUGAUCCAGUGUCCAAAUACUGGCCAGGAUUUGGAACUCAUGGACGUGAUAAUGUCACCAUCCAGAUGGCUCUCUCACACAUGUCUGGAAUGGCGUGGUUCGACACUCCAAUCACUGAAGAAAUCGCUGCUGACCAUGACCAAAUGAGGAAAAUCAUUGAAAAUGAAGAACCGAAAUGGGCUCCAGGAACAAAAACAGGAUAUCAUGCCUACACCUAUGGAUGGCUUGUUGAUCAAAUUGUCAGACAUACAGAUGGGAGAAAACGAGGAAUCGGUCAAUUUUUCAGAGAAGAAAUCGCCACGAAACUCGAAGUUGACUAUCAUAUCGGACUCCCACUCUCCGAGCAACAUCGAGUUGCACGAAUCAGUACUCCAAAUAUGCUCAAUAGACUAGAUGAGAUGUGGACGGAUGUCCGUGUUGUCAAGUACAUGAAGUCUCUGAUAAAAUUGAUGACGGAUCAUCCACUCGCCCACAUUGUGAAGAAUCCAUCAUGGCUCGAAGCAGUUUCGAGAUGCACAAUAAACAAUCCAGACUAUCAUCGACUCGAGCAGGCCGCCGCGCUCGGAAUGGGAAAUGCUCGUUCACUUGCUUCGCUGUUUGACAAAGUAAACCGAGGACAGCUCGUGAACCAGGCUACAUUGAAUACGAUUAGUAAACCGUUCGUCAAUGAAAGUGAUUUCAUCUUUGAUGAUACAGUGGCAAAAGGACACGGAUUCUUCCAUCUGCCAAUUAACAGAGCUGGAACCCAAUUUGGAUUUGGUCACACUGGUCAUGGAUGUCAAAUGGUUAUCACUGAUCUCAAGAAUCGAGUCACUAUUGCCUAUGUCACGAACGGGUUGAAAACUGGGCUUUAUGACUUGUGCAGGACGUAUUGGGGAUUGCAGACUUCAGUUUACGAUGUCAUCGAACAGAUUAAUAAUUAA